AAGAUUUUCCUUUUUUUUUUUUUUUUUUUUUUUUUUUUUUUUUUUAAUUAUUGUAUUUAUUUCCAUGACUUUUUGAGGUAUAAAAAUCCCACUUUUAAUAUUCCCUCAUAUAUCCAGGUUUCCCAAGACUCUGAAUCCUGUUUCUGAAAUAAAAAUGGUAGUUCUUGAGGGAAUGAUUUAAAUCUUAAUUAAAUUAGAUUUUAUUUUGGUUUUAUCUUAUUUGAAAAGCUUGUUUUGUCUUAUUUCUAAUCUGUUGAGAUCCACUGUAUUAUUAGAUCAAAUCCAUCUGUUGUCAUUGUUUCCUCUUUCUCUCUCUGUUUCCAUUCACUUGAUCUCUCUCGUUCUGCUCUAAUGUCUCUGUCUGGACCUCCUGAACUGAAAUGACACUCAGCCGUGAUGGAGACGAGUUCAUCUGCUCCUGCAUCUUCACCACAGUUUAUCAGCAGCGAUGGAGAAGAGAUCAUGUCCUUCUGGUUAUCGGUGGGAUUCUCUGCUCAGAAACUGCAUCUCCCUUGAAACCCAGGGAUUGACACCGUCAGCGGAUCCUCCACCGAUGCUGAAGCCCGCGUUGAGCACCAGCGGUCCGGGUCCAGACGAGCCCUGGUCCGCCAUCAGCCCCAGCCUGUGGAUCUGUGUUGCGCUGGUCGCGAGCGGGUCGGUUCUGGUGCUGCUGCUCUGGUUCAUCAUCUACAAACGUCACGGCAGGACCUCACAGAACACAGGUGAAAAGGACUCUACGCCUCACACCCUGGCAACAAUAGAACAGGAAGAGAAAGCUCUCUCACCCUGGCUACAUGUCAACGGCCAGACACAGGAAGUAUCAAUCAGCGUGGCAUCCUGUGGGCGGAGCCUGUGUAAUGGGCGGGCAGAGCACGGGCUGCCACUUCCUGCCACAGAAUUAGGAGACUCUGCCCUCGUCACCGCCAAAACCGGACAACCUGUUGAAGUCUGAUGAGUAACAGCAGAGCUAAUUCUGAUGUUGAAUAAUGUGAAAACCAUACCAGUUGAGCUCUUGACAUGAAUCCAGUUUAUUUAUAAUCACUGCAGACCACAUGAAAUCAGAAGUGGAGUCUCGAGGAUUUCGGCUCAUUUGUGCAGCUGUAAGAUCUUGUCAGGCUUCAGAGAAAUUCACAUGGAAACAGAUUCAUCAUCACGAUUUUUAAAAAGAUGAAUAUUGUCUUGUGUGUAUAUUUUGGGAGAUUUCCAGCACACCAAUGAGAGUCAUAUUUGUUCAUAAACAUUUGGCUCUGUGACUAAUUGCUUAUGCUCUUCUGUUGUAAGUUGCUUUAGUGCAUAAAUGCAUAAAAACAGACGUAUGAUUUUUUUGCCUCUGUUCUUUUAUUAAUUAAGCAAUAAACCAUCUAAAUAAAA